AUGAUGCGAGACAGCACGCACCGCCCCGCCAGAGGAACAAGUGCAUCCGACUGCGCUUCGCCCAUAUAUUCGGUGACGAGGCUGGAAGGCGACGACAAGGCGACAGGGCGACAAGGUUUUGCUUCAGCCAUGAUGCGAGAGGCAACAUCCGACGAGGCGAUUAUGGGCUUUCGGUGUGGCCUGGGCGUGCGAGCAGCAGCAAGGUGCACCAUGGCAACGGGACAGCAUCAGUCGAUGCGUCCAGCCGAGUCGACUCAUGACAGUGCCGAGUAG